CUCGUUCUUUGCUUGUGCGACGCGAGAUAAACAUAAAGAGAGAUAAAUACAGAAAUAAAAUUAAUGGAAAAAGCAUAGACACAUAUAUAUAAUUUUAUUAGUGCUCUGUGCUGUGUUGUGUGGCGCUUAUCUCUCUAUCUCUAUCUGCAUAUGUCGUCAUUUGUCGCCUUCGCCUUCGAUUUUCAUUUCGAUUUGUGUUUCGGUUUCGGUUUGGAGUUCUUUUGGUUGUUGUUGGCGCAAAUGUAACGGUAACUGGAGCAGCCGACGAAUAAUUUUCAAUAAUGUGCCCAACGAAUUACAAAAGAUAAAAAGACAACAACGUGCACUUCCAAUAGGGAGAAUAACAGAAACAACAACAACAACAAUAAAAACAACUGCAAAACGGAGACUGAAAAAAAGCCAAGCAAACGCUCUAAAAAUGAUUGCCCCCCCUCACCACUGCGCCAUAUAAAUAUAAAUCGUAUCUGCAUUUAUAUAUAUUUAUCCACAUCGACAUACGACAUCUGGAGCACUAACUAUAAUCAUCCAGCAUCCAGCAUUGAACAUACAACAUAAAAUGCCCAGCAGCAGCGGCAGACUGCGGCUUCUACUGCUGCUAACGCUAACGCUGGCAGCGCUGCCAGCAGCCAAAGCGCAAUAUCAAUCACCACGCAUCAUCGAACAUCCCACCGAUCUGGUGGUCAAGAAGAAUGAGCCCGCAACGCUCAACUGCAAGGUGGAGGGCAAGCCGGAACCCUCCGUGGAGUGGUUUAAGGAUGGCGAACCCGUCAACACAAAUGAAAAGAAAUCGCAUCGAGUGCUGUUCAAAGAUGGAGCUUUAUUCUUCUAUCGCACCAUGCAGAGCAAGAAGGAGCAGGACGGCGGCGAGUAUUGGUGUGUGGCCAAAAACCACGUGGGCAAAGCCGUCAGUCGACAUGCCUCGCUCCAAAUUGCUGUUUUGCGCGACGAUUUUCGCGUGGAGCCCAAAGAUACGCGCGUCGCCAAAGGCGAGACGGCGCUGCUCGAGUGUGGGCCGCCCAAAGGCAUUCCAGAGCCAACGAUAGUCUGGACAAAGAAUAACGUGCCACUGGAUGAUCUGAACACAAAGCCAUUUGGAACCAAUUCGCGUGUUCGCAUCGUGGAUGGCGGCAAUCUGCUGAUCAGCAAUGUGGAGCCCAUCGAUGAGGGCAACUACAAGUGCAUUGCACAGAAUCUGUUGGGCUCACGCGAAUCCGGCUACGCCAAACUGAUCGUACAGAUCAAACCGUUCUUCAUGAAGGAGCCCAAAGAUCUCACAUUGGUCUAUGGCCAAACAGCAACGUUCCACUGCUCAGUGGGCGGUGAUCCGCCGCCAAAGGUGCUCUGGAAGAAGGAGGAGGGCAAUAUACCAGUUUCGCGUGCACGCAUUUUGCACGACGAGAAGAGUCUUGAGCUGUCGAACAUCACGCCUAACGAUGAGGGCACCUACGUCUGUGAGGCACACAACAAUGUGGGCCAGAUCAGUGCCAGAGCCACACUCACUGUCCACGCGCCGCCAAGUUUCUCGAAACGACCCACGAACACCAAAGUGGGUCUCAAUGGCCAAGUGCAGCUGCCUUGUGUGGCCACGGGCAAUCCACCGCCAUCUGUCUUCUGGACCAAAGAAGGCGUCUCCACGCUCAUGUUUCCCAAUACGUCGCAUGGACGGCAACAGAUCUCAGCAGAGGGCACGUUGCAAAUCAGCGACGUGCAGCAGGACGACGAGGGCUUCUAUGUGUGUUCCGCAUUCAGUGUGGUUGACUCUUCGACAGUCCGCAUUUAUCUUCAGGUCAGCACUGUGGAUGAACGUCCACCGCCCAUCAUACAAAUUGGACCCACCAAUCAAACACUGUCCAAGGGCUCUGUGGCAACAAUGCCAUGUCGUGCCACCGGAAAUCCUUCGCCUCGUGUUAAAUGGUUCCACGAUGGCUACGCUGUGCAGAACGACAAUCGCCACAGUAUUGUGCAGGGCAGCUCACUGAGAGUGGAUGAUUUGCAGCUCGGUGAUGCUGGUCUUUAUACGUGUACUGCAUCCUCGGAACGGGGCGAAACCUCCUGGUCAGCUGCCUUGGCGGUGGAGAAGAGCAGCUCGGCAACUCUACAUCGAGUGGCGGAUCCUAGCACUUAUCCCGCACCACCUGGCACACCAAAAGUAAUCAAUGUAACACGUUCCAGCAUCUCCCUGCGCUGGGGCAAGAGCCAAGAGAAACCUGGCGCUGUUGGUCCCAUAAUAGGUUACACUGUGGAGUACUUUAGUCCUGAUCUGCAAACUGGUUGGGUUGUCGCUGCGCAUCGAGUGCCCGACACACAAGUCACUAUCUCCGAUCUAACAUCUGCCACCUCAUAUGUGUUUCUGGUGCGCGCUGAGAACACGCAGGGCGUCUCAGUGCCAUCGGGUCUAUCGAAUGCAAUUAAAACACUGGGCGAGGACUUUGAUGCCAUGCCCUCAAAUGAGCUCUCAGCUGCACGAACACUUCUCACCGGAAAGGUUGUGGAGUUAAUAGAUGCCUCUGCCAUCAAUGCAAGCGCUGUGCGCUUGGAUUGGAUGCUGCAUGUUAGCGCCAGCGAGAAGUUUGUUGAGGGUCUACACAUACGUUAUAGGGACGCAUCAUCGCAUUCAACACAGUAUAAGGUCAUCACAGUGCUAGAACCUUCGACGGAGUCACAUGUGGUUGGCAAUCUGCGCAAAUAUACCAAAUAUGAAUUCUUUUUGACGCCCUUCUAUGAGACUAUCGAGGGACAGCCGAGCAACUCCAAGAUGACCACAACCUACGAGGAUGUUCCUUCUGCUCCACCGGAUAACAUACAGAUUGGCAUGUAUAAUUUAACCGCUGGCUGGGUACGCUGGACACCGCCGCCUGCACAGCAUCACAACGGCAAUCUGUAUGGCUAUAAGAUUGAGGUUAGCGCUGGCAACACUAUGAAGGUGCUGGCUAAUAUGACGCUCAAUGCAACGACCACAUCGGUUUUGCUCAACAAUCUAACCACCACAGCAGUCUACAGCGUACGCCUCAAUGCCUUUACCAAAGCUGGUGAUGGACCCUACUCCAAACCCAAAUCACUGUAUAUGGAUCCCACCUAUCAUGUGCAUCCGCCGCGUGCUCAUCCAAGCGGCACACACGAUGGGCGCCAUGAGACGGGCAAUGAGUUCACCUAUCAGACCAAUGGCAUGGCCAAUAUAGAACCCAACAAUGCCAAUCCCACGACGCAUCGCAAAACCACGAGCUAUUUGCAUGGCACCUGGUUGAUGACGCUGGUGAUCAUUGUGCUGCUAAUUGUUGUGGUUGUCACGGCAACAGCGAUGGUUUACUUUAAGCGUCGCCAUCAAAUGACCAAGGAGUUGGGACAUCUAAGUGUGGUGAGCGCGAAUGAGAUUACCGCACUGAACAUCAACAGCAAGGAGAGUUUGUGGAUAGAUCGCGGCUGGCGUACUACGGACACGGACAAGGACUCGGGCUUAAGUGAAUCGAAGCUGUUGUCGCACGUGAAUAGCAGUCAAUCCAACUACAACAACUCCGAUGGCGGCACCGACUACGCUGAAGUGGACACACGCAAUCUAACCACCUUCUACAACUGUCGCAAGAGUCCUGAUAAUCCCACGCCAUAUGCCACAACCAUGAUCAUUGGCACUUCGUCGAGUGAAACCUGCACCAAAGCCACAUCUUUGAGUGCGGACAAGGACUCGGGAACACAUUCGCCCUACUCAGAUGCAUUUACAGCACAAGGCGCCGCAGCUGUGGCUGCUGCUGCGGCCAGCAACAAGUCGAACUAUUUGCAGUAUCCCACAGACACAAUAAACUGGUCAGAGUUUCUGCCACCACCGCCAGAGCAUCCACCGCCAUUGUCCUCCAACUAUGGCUAUACACAGGGCUCACCCGAAUCGUCACGCAAGAGCUCCAAGAGCGGCGGCUCCGGCAUCUCCACCAACCAAAGCAUUCUAAACGCUUCCAUUCACAGCAGCUCGUCAGGCGGCUUCUCCGCUUGGGGCGUCUCGCCGCAAUGCGCCGUUGGCUGUCCCCCGGAGAAUCUGUACAGCAAUCCACUGAGCAGCGUGGGCGGCAGUCAGAGUCGUUACCAGAUCACACCCACCAGCCAGCAUCCGCCACCAUUGCCGCCGUACUUUGCCACUGCCGGAGCUGGCGAUAUGGCUGCCCGCAACAUACAUAUCCAUUAUCCCACGCAACGACACGCGGUCAGCGAGUAUCAGGCUGGCCUGAAUGCGACGCGUUGCGCCAACAAUAAUCGCGCCUGCAACAGUUGUGAUGCCUUGGCAUCGCCAAUGCAGCCACCGCCAUUGCCACCGCCAGCCGAGGGCUGGUAUCAGCCUGUGGGACUGCCUCAUGGCAGUCAAAUGCCAUCGACCGCCUCCAGUCAUCAGAUCUAUCAAUGCUCCUCCGAGUGCUCGGACAACUCGCGCGCCUCCCACAGUCACAGCAAACGUCAUCACCAACAGCAGCAGCAACAACUCCAUUCGGACAGCAGUGCUGAUCACAGCAGCAGCAAACGUUCAGGUCACCGACGGCCAACUGCACAUCAUGCCCAGCAACAACAACAACAGCAGCAGCAAAACUCCUGCGCAGAGAGCGAGAAUGAGAACAUGCUGUCCGGCUAUGAGAUGCAUCAACAACGCAAUUACACAAGCGACUGCUGCAACAGUUCACGCGAAGGCGACACCUGCUCCUGUAGCGAAGGCUCCUGCCUCUAUGCCGAGGCUGGCGAUCCCGUGGGACCGGCGGCUCCACGACAAAUGACUGCUAAAAAUACUUAAAUUGGACAAGAGCAUAUAUAAGUAUACAUAUAUGUGUAGGGCGAAACGAAACAAACAGUUAAUGGAUCUUGCGUAGUCUUAAUAUAGCAUCUAGUCGUAACUUUUCAUUCAUAUCGAACUUAGCACACGCGAUACUCCACAUAGCAUUUUAUAUAGACGACACAUCUGUGCAUGCAUCGGCAUAUAUAUAAAUAGUAUGCAUGAACACUUCGACAGAGAUCCUCCUACAGACCGAAUACGUACUCAACAUACUACACUCGAGAGAUAGUCAGAGAGAAGCAGAGGCAAUUAACCGAGACGAACUACAAACAAUCAAGGUGCAUAGCUCGAAUCAUAAUCAAUAAUACAAACGAAUUUGAGUGCGCACACAGUCCCAAAAGUAAAUGUACUUAAGAAGUAAACGCUGUAUGAAAUGCUUCCACGAAUUGAUAAAUACGAAAUACGUACUCGAAUAGAACUCAAGAACUAAAAACUCACACACACACACAUAAGAGACAUUCACACUUUUGAUAACUACAGACGAAUAGUUAGAACGAAAGAUAUAUGCAAACAUAAAAAAGAACUAUAUAUACAUAUAUAGUACAGAUAUAGACAUGUAUUUGCAAUGCUGGCCCUAGUCAUAGGCUUGAUAUAGCAUAUAGUUAAAACAAAAAGUUACAUGUACUCUCAAACUCAACUCUUUCAUAUCUACGAUCACAAUCGAGCGUUUUAUCCUAUGUUCCCUGAAUUUGCAUUUAUAUACUACUAUAUAGAAAAACGUCGUCGACCGACGAUCAACGGCAGUUGCAAUGUUUAAUGGUUAGUGCUUUUCUAUAACAAAGAAAAUGAAAAAAACUACAGUAAUACUUCAUAAAUAACGACUUGACCUAGUGAAUAGCGAAACGUACACUUAUAACUACAUUAUUAUUAAUUAAAACAAAAACAAAACACACACAUUAUAUACAAUACAUAAUUAGCUAAAGCCAACCACACUUCGGUGCCAUCGAAGCCAACUUCAUGCCACACACAAGGGCCACUUGUCCGAUCCUCCUCUGAUCCUAUAGUGUACCCCUUCUCCUUCUCCACCUCCCUGCCCAUGUGUGUUGAGCUCUCCACAUAACGAACAUUACAUUUUUACAAGCUUACAUUUGAAAAAAAGUCUAAAAUGUACCUGUGAUAUAUAACCCCAUUAAAGUAUUUUAAUAUUAUUACUAUUAUGAUUUUGUUUUAUGUUUAUCGUAUUGUUUGUAACGAUUUUUAUUUUCAAUUUUUUUCUGUUUGUUGCAACGAAAACAAACGAAACGAAAAAAUGGAAAAUACGCGGACAUUUUUGGGUGUUUUUUGAGAACAAACAUAGCAUAAUUUAGAACUUAGGCACGUACGACAUUAGAAAUGCAAAACAAAAAAAAAAAUUAUAUACAAAUAUAUCAAACAAAAAUCCAGUGAAACGCCCCCAACUACACAACUUCGGCUAGCCGAAGACGUCGCACACACUUCUCGGCCAUCAAACUUCUUUAUUUUGAUUCCGUGAUCGGAUUGAUAAAAUACCCGAAACGGGUAAAUCGAGAGUGUGUGCGGCUAACAAUUCGAUUAACGACUAAAUGUAUUAUCCAUUUGGACUAAAUUCAACGAAAUGAAUCAAAUACUACGCAUAAAUAAUGCAAUACAUAUAUAUGCAAAAAGAAUAAAUCAACAAAAUUAAUAUGAAUUAAUUAAUGAUAUAGCAUAUAGCACAUAGAAAUCAAAAGAAUGCUUUAGCAUACAACAUGAACAAUACCAAUUCCUUGCGUGCACCCAUCCCCGACACCCCCCAAGAAUAAUCCUUAAACAACGAUGAGGUGCUCAUGCAUGUACAUAAACAUUACACUACACAACACACGAAACACUACCACACUACACUAUACUACAUAACAUACAUACAUAUUUAUGCCCCCCUGCCAUAUAUAAAUACUAUUAUUAUUGAAGCCAACUUUUGCUUUGAGUUGAACUGCCCUUCCGUAGCAUAAUGAAGCAUAGUUGGAUGAUUUUGGGUUUUUAAUAUGAAUAAUUAGCAUCUAGUUAUUAACUACGUACAUACGAGAGUAUUUUAAAGUCAUAGCGUAAACGAAUUUUAAGAUUUAAAACUAAACUAAACUAAAAUAAAAAAACCGAAAACAAA